AACCUGUUUUUCCUAAAGGUUGGAAAAUUGUGAAAAAGGAGUUGAUUGAACUAUGGAUGGCCGAAGGGUUUCUUCAACCAAAUGAAGGAGAUGACAUGGAGUCCAUGGGUGAAAUGUUUUCAAAUGUACUCGUACACAAUUCUUUAAUUCAAGUUGCAAAGAGAGAUGGUUAUGGAAAUGUUUUGAGUUUUGUGAUGCAUGAUCUUGCAACUGCAGUUUUAGGUUCUUCUGAUGACACAGAUCAAGUUUAUCAUUCAAGUGCCAUCCCAAAAGUAACAGCAAAAUCUUUGCGUACAUUAAUUUUCCAAGGUGAAAUUCUUGAUACCGCCAUGUUCUCGAGUUACGAAUCUCUGCAUGCUCUUAGUCUUGACUGCGAUCAGGUUAAAGAGCUGCCACGUUCUAUUAGAGAGUUGAUACAUUUGAGAAAUCUUAAUGUUUCAAGAACAGGAAUUGAAUAUUUGCCAAACUGGAUUUCUGAACUCCAUUACUUGCAAACCAUAAAUGCAUCUACAGAAUCUUUGAGAAAACUGCCAAGUACAUUGAAGUACUUGAUUAGUUUACGGCAUCUUUAUCUCUGCCAUGAUGUGGAGUUGCCGGCCGAGAUCCGAGAUUGGGAGAUUAACUAAUCUGCAAGCACUCAAGUAGAGUAGGGGAGCGCAAAGGAUACAGAAUUGAAGAGUUAGGGAAUCUGAACAAUCUCAGACAACUAUCUAUCUAUAACUUGGAAAAGGUGUGUGAUAAAGAAGAGGCUCAGCAAGCAAAUAUCUCCGAGAAGCAAAACUUAACCGAGUUGAGUUUUGAGUGGGAUGCAAAUAUAGAAGGUGAAGGAGAAUGUGAUGAGGCUGUGUUGGAAGGCCUCGCACCUCACCCAUGUUUGAAGAUGUGAUACGAUCUUGGAAGCCGUGUAUCAAGGAUUUCAACUGCAGCUGGAUUCAACCGGAAACCUCCCUAUCAAGAUGAUAUCCGAAAGCUAUGAAACUGCCACCAUCGUCUUCGUCUUGGAAACAGCUUCGCGUGGGUAUCUUGCACAUCUCAAUCGGAGUCUGAAUGAGGGAGUUAUGGCAGUUUUACAGAAGUCGCGCAGAACUGGCGAGGGAGUCCAGAGAGAACACCCGGGCGGGUGUUUUGCACCCUGCAAUUCAUCCGACCGGGUGAAUCACCCGAGACUUAGUUUUUGUGGGCCUUUUUCCACAUUUUGGGCCCUUAGUAUAAAUACCUUUUGGUGUCAUUUUUCAUUUUAGAAUAAGAUUGUGAUUGAAGUUAUCUCUCUAGUGAGUUUUUUCCUCUUUGAGGAAUGUAUCCAAUUCCUUCCUUGAAGGUUGCUUGUCUCAAUUUCAUAGAUUGAUUCUAGUAGAGGUACGCAUCAAUGGGGUGUAUCCAUUGAGUAGUGGAGCCAAGGGGUGAUAGAGCUAUUGAAAGUUGCCUAGGGUUGUUUCCAUUAUUUUGGUCAAGGUCCUAAGGUCAUAACUCUUUCAUCUCAUCAUUAUACACAUGCUUUCCAUUCC